AUGAAGUGCUUACAAAUUUUGUUCCCAUGGUUUCUGCUGUUGUGUUUGAUGACAAGAUGCUUAAGUCAGGAAGAAGAAUUUAUAUAUCAGCUCGGUGACAAUAUUUCAUCUGUAGAAACCCAUGAAGAAACAGAAGAAGUUGAAGGGAUUGAAAUUGCUGCAUGGAAUUUUGAUUAUGUACAAGGACCACUCAUUAUCACUGUUUUUGUGAUUGUUGCAGGCAUUGCUAAAAUUGGUUUUCAUCAUGCUGGAAUCCUGUCUUCAAUAUUCCCCGAAUCUUGUUCCCUGAUUGUUCUUGGUUCUGUUGUUGGUGGGAUACUGUAUGCAAUGGGUGCUCAACAUUAUUUAUCCUUCAGUGCCAAAACAUUUUUCUUGCUACUCCUUCCUCCAUGUGUUUUAGAAUCAGCUUAUUCCUUGUAUGACAGGACCUUUAUUGAUAAUUUAGGCAAGAUAUUACUAUAUGCUGUUGUGGGCACAUUAUUGAACUGCUUUCUUAUAGGACCAUCAUUAUAUGCAUGCUCACUAGCUGGUAUCAUGGGUGCAUCUUUUGAAAUAUCAUUAAUAGAGUGUCUUGUCUUCAGUGCAUUGAUAGUAGCAGUAGAUCCAGUAGCUGUAUUAGCUAUAUUUCAAGAAAUUCAUGUUAAUAAUGUACUCUAUUUCUUGGUCUUUGGAGAAUCUUUAUUGAAUGAUGCUGUUACUAUUGUACUUUAUAAUAUGAUGGUAGCAUUUGUUGACAUGCCCACCAUACCACCUAGUCAGAUUGGUUAUGGUGUAGCUGCUUUCUUUGUUGUCAGCAUUGGUGGCCUAAUUGUUGGAUUUGUGUGUGGACUUUUCAGUGCAUUUAUGACUAAGUAUACAACACAAGUUAGAGGUACGGUAAUUUUCUUCUUCCUUACAUUGUAA